GGAAGGAGGGGAGCGGCUUUAAGGCUCCCUUUGCGUCUCCCUGCCGGGGCGGAGUUAUGCAGAGCCGGGACAGCCUCCCCAGGCGCCAGAGGAGGCGAGGCAGGGCCAAAGCCGGGCCCCGGGAGGAAGGGGAAGAAAGGAAGGCAGCUCGCAGCAGGCAGCAUGAGCCGCGUCCUCCGCGUCGCCAUUCAGGGGCCGGGCCCCUGGGGCUUCCGCCUGGUCGGGGGCAAGGACUUCGACCAGCCGCUGACCAUCUCCAGGGUAACCCCUGGUAGCAAAGCUGCAACUGCCAACUUAUGCAUUGGAGAUACUAUCCAGGCAAUUGAUGGCGAAGACACAGAGAACAUGACUCACCUAGAAGCACAGAACAAAAUCAAGGCCUGCAUAGAUGAGUUAACUCUGACAGUUUACAGGAGUGAAUCAAAAAUCUGGUCACCAUUGGUUACUGAGGAAGGGAAAACUAAUCCAUACAAGAUGGAUCUGUCUUCUGAACCCCAGGAGGUAAGCAAUAUAGGAAGUGCACACAACAGGAGUGCUAUGCCAUUUGGUGCCACCAGUACUUUAUCUAAAGUCAUCACUGCCCAGUACAAUAGUCCAGUAAAUCUGUACUCGGAAAACUUGCAAACCUUCAACAAUGCUGCUGAGUCCAAAUCUGUGGGUGACCUAAAAACAUCUACGAACUUGGAGCAACCUAACCAGCUCUCUACUAACUUAAGGAUUGAAAAAGACUCUGAAGUUUAUAAGAUGCUACAGGAGAACCAAGAUUCCAAUGAGCCGCCCCGGCAAUCAGCCUCAUUCUUGGUGCUACAAGACAUUUUAGAAUCUGAAGAAAGGGGAGAGAAGCCUUCUGGAUUCAGAAGUGUAAAAGCUCCAACAACUAAAAUAGCAUCGUCAAUUGGAAAUGCUGCCCAAAAGCUGCCAAUUUGUGAUAAAUGUGGGUCUGGCAUUGUGGGCGUAUUUGUAAAGCUACGGGAAAAGCAUCUCCAUCCAGAGUGCUAUACGUGCAGCGACUGUGGAGUGAACCUUAAACAGAAAGGGCACUUCUUUGUGGAGGAUUGCAUUUACUGUGAGACGCAUGCACGGGAACGGGUCACUCCACCUGAAGGAUAUGAAGUUGUUGCUGUCUUUCCAAAGUGAAUUCAUGUGUCAACAUGGAUGUCUGCCAGGAGCUACUGUCUUCUGCUUCCAAAUCCUCCUUGUGCUCACAAAGUCUUGACAAGCCUUUUUUUCUGUGGGCCACCACUAAAUAUCGCUAACUCACAAAUACCUGCAAUUUUAGGAAGAGUCUAGGAUUUGGUAGAGUGUCUGCCUUUCUAUUUUUUUCUCAUUAAAAUAAAUUGCCAGCCAAAAGCAGAUACCCUUUUCUUGUUCUUAAUAAAAUGGUUGAUUCAAAUCACUGUUGGUAUUUAA